AUGUACCCGGAACGACUUUCUUUCCUUGGGGAAACUAACUCUCCUUCCGGACAUGUCGCUCUUAGGUGCAAGGACGCCAACCAGCACGAUCCAGCCAAGGCCACCGUGCGUGCGGUGAGCUUUCACCCGACGGGAGAGCUGCUGCUAGCGGGCGGCUUCGACAAGACCCUCCGUCUCUUUCAGGUGGACGGCGUGCGAAACGCCAAGGUACACAGCAUUUUUUUCGAGGACCUCCCGAUCACAAGCGCCGCCUUCACCGGGGCGGAGCAGGCCAUCGUCACGGGCAGGCGGUCCUUCUUCUACUCGUACGACGUGGUCACCGGCAAGGUGCUGAAAAUUCCCAGAGUUUUCUCCUCCGGAAGGACGGAGAAGCACCUGGAGACCUUCGCAGCGUCGCCCGACGGGCAGUGGCUGGCGUUCAUCGGAAGCGGAGGGUACGUUCUCCUGCUGUCGAGCAAGACCAAGCAGUGGGCGGCAGACUUCAAGCUCAACUCCACCGCCACGGCGGUGACCUUCUCCCCGGACAGCCGGUACGUGCUGGCCUCGGGCGCGGACGCGGACGUUUACAAGUUCGACAUCCGCUCCCGGCGGUGCGUCCUCCGCUUCUUCAACGAGGGCGGUACGUGCACGAGCAGCCUAGCGUCUAAGGGACCGACCUCCUCGUCGCCGCAGCGGCUCACGGCCGUGGGUAGCGAUAGCGGAGUGGUGAACGUCUACGACGCCGACGCUCUGGAGACCGGCAAGAGGGUUCUUCGGCCAUCGCCGCUUAAGGCAGUGAUGAGCCUGACGACACCGGUGACCACGACCAAAUUCAGCCCGGAUGGACAGAUGCUGGCGAUCGCGUCCAACCAGCAGCGGGAUGCGCUCAAGGUUGUUCACUCUGCGUCGUGCACGCCGUUCACGAACUGGCCCACGGAGAGGACGCCCGUGCGGUACCCCUUCGCGCUAGACUUCUCCCCCGGGGGAGGGUUUCUUGCUGUCGGGAACGACCGCGGUUGCGUGCUGCUCUACCGCAUCCGCCACUACCCGCAGGCGUGAUUUUUUGGUAUUUUCCGUCUUGCUAAGCUACAGGGAGGGGUGUUUUUUUGUUUGUCUUGUGUGGUUUAGUCCGCCCUCUUGGUUGUCCCUGUCCCGUUCCCGGGAAGUGCCGUCACCCCCUGAGUCUGUGUUGUUGUUGGAUGUAUGCGCGGUACUACCACCCUGAUCGUGUUCGCUAGUGGUGCAUGGAAUGAAUGCAUUCGCGCUCGAUGGGCGUCGACCAUCAAACAAGAAAAAUAGGCACGCGUAUUUACGGUGUUGAACGACUUAGUUCUGAGUGAGUUGCUGCUGCAGGAAAGAGAGACUAACGGUUUCCUGUGUGCGCUCCAAUAGUAUAUUUUUUGAUAGGCUAGUUGUAUGGUGUGGGGUUGGGACAAAAGGAAAGGGCGCUCAGGAGAGCCUUCCCUCAUGCAAAACGUACGUGUAGCUGAAAAAUGUCAGUCUUGUUGGUGAUGUCCUCCGGUCUGUGCGCGAUGGCUGCACGAGAGCGUGUACACGCUCUGGCCAUGCGACAAUCUGGUCCUGAGGCGUGUUUCGUUUCUCGGGCAGCCAGUGUGGACGGGUGACAAGGUUCUUCGGCUGGCAAGCAGCCCCUCGGAAAGCGUAGCUGCGGCACAGAUAAGCCCCGUGCUGCGACAAGCCCCCUUUGAAUGGAUGGGGUCUGGUGUGCGUUUGUAGUUCAACCGGUACGACUGUAGUCUAAAUAUGAUACCGAUUAGUUUCAGCGUG